AUGAAGCUCACCGCUGUUACACUCCUCACUCUCGCUGCCGGUGCCAUUGCGGCCCCGGUUGCUGCCCCUGAAGCUGAAGCUGAAGCAGCACCCGGAUAUGCUACCUACGGCGACUAUAAGGGCGCAGGUGAAAACCUGAAGUCUUAUCCUAGCUACGGAAGCUAUGGUGCAAAGCCAAAGCCUAAGCCUGCUCCUGCUCCUGCUCCUGCUCCAGCUCCUGCUCCUGCUCCUGCUCCUGCUCCUAAGAAGUAUACCGAUUAUGGAAGCUACGACUACAAGAAAUACGGCUCUUAUGGCUCUUACAAGCGUGAAGAGGUUGAAAAGCGUGAGGCUGCUCCCGAAGCUGCCCCUGAAGCUGCACCUGAAGCCGAAGCUGCUCCUGGAUAUGCCACUUAUGGCGAUUAUAAGGGAGCUGGCGAGAACCUGAAGUCUUAUCCUAGCUACGGAAGCUACGGCGCAAAGCCUAAGCCUAAGCCCGAGCCUGCUCCGGCUCCUAAGAAGUAUACCAACUAUGGAAGCUACGACUACAAGAAAUACGGCUCUUAUGGCUCCUACAAGCGUGAGCCUGAGGCUGAGCCUUCCAAGAAGCCUGCUCCUGCUCCUAAGAAAUACACCAGCUACGGAAGCUACAACUAUAAGAAGUACUCAUCUUACGGAUCUUACAAGCGUGCAAAGGAGUUUAUCAACUCUCUCUUCUAA